CGGUCACGUUUUGUUUCUGUCCAAUCACCGCUGAGCCGGAAACGCAGAGUCGGCAGUCUCAGCUGUUGGUUGAAGCGCCGUCGUGUCCACGACUGUAAUUAUUGUAUUUAAGUUGUUUUUAAAGAACAUAUUGAUAAAUGAAACGUCAUCAAAGUACAGACGGUGAUGGGGAAGGCCAGCAGACGGAGAGCAGACGGAGCAGGGACGGAGCACGGAUCCGUUCAUGGAGAUCCAGACUGUGGUAGAAAACAGAAGCUGGCUGACAUCCAUCGAGCAUUAAUCAGAGACCCAGUGGAUAUCCAGACGCUCAGAAGAGUCUCGGUCACUAGAGGAGGACUUCUCAACAAUGAACUGAGGAGAAAAGUUUGGCCCAAAUUACUCAACAUCAAUGUGUUUGAUCUUCCACCCAAACCUGGUCGAAAUGUACGAGAAGACCACAAGGACUUGAACCAGGUGGUUCUGGAUGUGAGGCGGUCCAUGAAGCGCUUCCCUAAAGGAAUGCCGGCGGCAGAGAGAGGCGUGCUGCAGGAUCAGCUGAUCGACAUCAUCCUGGAGGUGUUGAGGCGUCACGCUCAGCUGCAUUACUACCAGGGUUACCACGACGUGGCCGUCACUCUCCUGCUGGUGGUCGGAGAGCGCAUGGCCAUCGCCAUGCUGGAAAAGCUCUCCAACCAUCACCUCAGGGAUUUCAUGGAUCUGACCAUGGACAGCACCAAACACAUCCUGAACUACCUGAUGCCCAUCCUGGAGCAGGUUGACGGGGAUCUGCACGACUUCAUGGUCAGGGCAGAAGUUGGAAACAUCUUUGCUCUUUCCUGGCUCAUCACAUGGUACGGUCACGUGUUGUCAGAGUUCAAGCACACGCUAAGACUCUACGACUUCUUCCUGGCCUCCCAUCCUCUGAUGCCCAUCUACCUGGCUGCUGCGAUCGUCCUGCACAGAAAGCAGGAGGUUCUCCAGACGGAGUGCGACAUGGCCAUGGUGCACCACCUCCUCUCUCACCUCCCAGAAGAUCUGCCGUUCGAGCUCCUGAUUGGUCGAGCUGUGGAUCUGUUUGAGCGCUUUCCUCCAUCCUUAUUGGCCCAACAGGCAGCGCUGCAGUCCAGAACCAGUCUGACCAUCAGCAGCUUUCAGGCCUUCCAGCUCUCCACCCUCCAUCAGAGGCCCGACUCGGUUCUGCAGCGCCUGACCCGGACUCGGAGCUCCACCUCCUCCAGACCAGAAUGGCGAGCUCCGGCCAAGGACGGCGGCCAGCUGUGGCGGGAGGGGAACCGGUUGGUGAAGGUGGCGGUGUGGGGGCUCUCCGCGACCCUGGGGGCCGCCGUGUUGGCGGUGGCUCAGACUGCCAUGGACUGGGGGCCUGAGGUGUUACUGCAGCUGUUCUGAUGUGAUGGCAGCGCAGAACGUCAUUGAGAGCCGGCGCCGGACGGAUGCUGCUGCGCCGGACGGACGCUGCCGCCGCGCCGAACGGAUGCGUGGACCUCUCAAACAAUCGGUCAGUUUGUAGAAAUAGGAUUGAACAUUCAGGUACAAACACAAAACAUCUGAAAAACUUCUGAGGUAUGAAAAAUAAAAAUACAAUAACUCCAUAAAUAUAGAACCAUUAAAAUAUAAACUAUCA